CCAUGGCCUCCGUCUCCAUUCCAACCCCUACCUCCAGGCUCCAGCACUAGGCAGUAAACACUCCCACAGGGCCAACCCGGGCCUUCGCCUAGCAACCCCCUCCAUGCGACGACGGCAAUGGCGCCCGCCUCCGUCGCCAUCUCCCUCUCCUUCCGCUUAAUCCCGCCCCGACCCUGCUGCGGUAGGCCGAGUUGGUCCAGGCCAGUUAGGGCUUCGAGCGACACGAGUGGCGCUCCAAAUAGAAAUCAGAGGGUCGGGAUUCCGGAGAGAAGUGUGGAAGAAUUGAGGGCACUUGUGGGUUCAGUGCCCCCCGCUGUUUCUUCGAUCAGGAAAAACAUUGGACUAAGUUCCGUUGCUGGUUUCUGUUUCGGCAUUGCAUUUUUGGCUGCUGUUGCAAGACAAAUCAUCAGAAGAACUCAAGAGAAGGAUAACAGUGGUUCUGUUGCUGAUCUAGUAAGGCGUGGCCAACUAAAAUCAGGGCAACGAGGGAUUGCAAAACCACGAGUGUACAAUGAUCCUUUCAAUAAUCCACUAGUCAAGAUUGACGAAGGUACUUCUACUGCUCAAAUGUUUGGCAAGGAGUACCGGCUGGAUCCUGUUAGGCUUACAAAUGAGCAACAGGCAAUGCAUCAGAAAAGGAGAUCACAUGCAUAUCAGUGGAAAAGGCCCACUGUGUUUCUUAAAGAAGGCGACCCCUUACCACCAGAUGUCGAUCCAGAUACAGUUAGAUGGAUUCCAGUAAACCACCCAUUUGCUGCUGCUUCAGCUGAAGUAGAUGAGGAGACUGCCAAAAAGAAUGUUUAUCAAAAGGAUGGUGUCCCAUCCCGUGUUAAAGCCGAACAUGAAGCUUUGCGGACAAGGCUGGAGGCUUCAAACAAUGUUACAAAAUUCUCUUCAGGUCCAAGGGGUAUGCAGGAUAGUGAGAGAUCACUGCGGGUAUCAGACGAGCCAUCUGUGAAUCUGGAGCAGUUUGAAUCUGACAUGGUGAAUAACCAAAAUGGCCAACCAAUCUUGUCUGAGAAGCAUAGCUCUGACAACAGUUCACAGUCAAAAAGCUUGGAAGGACAAUAAACUUGUGAAUUGUAUAAACCCAUUGGCAUUUCUAGCUGUAGAUAGGGGAAUUUUGGAACAAUAGCUUACAUAAUGAGCAGCCAAUAUUAAGCAUAGCUGUGAUGUGCAAUGUAUUCAGUUGUUGUAAAUCGAUAUUUUCAUUGUCAGAAGAUUUCUAGACACACCAUGCCAUCGUCAGUCAGCAGCUCAAAAACAUACGAGUA